CCUGCAAAUAGGUUUCAUUAAUUCGAGUUUCUCGAACCCUCACUCGAGCUGCCUCUCUCGAACGUUAACUCCAUCUGUGCUCUUUCCUCCAUUCUCUGUCCCAGGAGCUGCAGAAAAUAUCAUUGCGCGGGUAUUNAAGAAAAAUUAUAGCGGAUAAUUGAUUCCUCUUUGUUGCCACUACUUCUUCAUCUUCUCCACCGAUUUCUUCAAUCUUCAUUCGUUUCAAUGGCGCUAGGGUUUCAUCUGAAUUAGAGGCACUGCUCGCUCCAAACGGAACCAUGAGUUUCUCGCUAGCAGCUCCUUCGGCUUUUCGCGAGAAUCUCCUCCCUCCUCUGUCCCGCUGCACCUCUUGCUUCGAAUUUGAUCUCCGUUUUCACCGCUCCCACGGCUUUCCUCAUUCGCGUUGUCGGUUUACUUCGUUCAAGUUGUUUCGGAACCUGAGAUCGAGCCGGAGAAGAGGGAUUGCUUGUAGUGUUACUGAGCCACAAAACGGCAGCGACGAGCAGGAGAAAGAAGCAUAUAAAAAUGAAGAAACACUACCUUCGGAAGAUUCCUCUGUGCAAAGUACCUCUCCUCCUGUAGAUGGAGAACAACUAAACAAAUUUAGUGAUGCAAAUAAGGAUCAAAGUGACGUGCAGGUAAUGUUUGGCUUAGUGAAUUUCCCUUAUAAGUUUGAUUAGAUGCAAAUNCGUUGCCAAAGGUUGUUCUGUACGCACACAUGCACUCUCUUUUCAUUGUUUAUUAUCUUAUUGUCGAAGACUUCUAUA